GCGGUGGGAAAGAUGGCGGCGGCUCUGAGACCCUCCUGGUGGUCGGCUGGGGAUGGGUCCAGGAUGUUGCUAGUUCUCCUUUUGUUGGCGUCUGGGCCCGGGCCACGACCAGUCGGGUCGGGCCAAGCGUUCGAGUACUUGAAACGGGAGCACUCGCUGUCGAAGCCCUACCAGGGUGUGGGCACAGGCAGCUCUUCACUAUGGAAUCUGAUGGGCAAUGCCAUGGUGAUGACCCAGUAUAUCCGCCUUACUCCAGAUAUGCAGAGUAAACAGGGUGCCUUGUGGAAUCGUGUGCCAUGUUUCCUGAGAGACUGGGAGCUGCAGGUGCACUUCAAGAUCCAUGGACAAGGGAAGAAGAAUCUGCAUGGGGAUGGCUUGGCAAUCUGGUACACAAAGGAUCGAAUGCAGCCAGGGCCUGUGUUUGGAAACAUGGACAAAUUUGUGGGGCUGGGAGUAUUUGUAGACACCUACCCCAAUGAGGAGAAGCAGCAAGAGGCCCAGAAGAGGCGCUAUUCUCCAGGAGUCCAGAGGGUAUUUCCUUACAUCUCAGCCAUGGUGAACAAUGGUUCCCUCAGCUAUGAUCACGAACGAGAUGGGCGGCCCACUGAACUAGGGGGUUGCACGGCCAUUGUGCGCAAUCUUCAUUAUGACACCUUCCUUGUGAUUCGCUAUGUCAAGAGGCAUUUGACGAUAAUGAUGGAUAUUGAUGGCAAACAUGAGUGGAGGGACUGCAUUGAAGUGCCUGGAGUCCGUCUGCCCCGGGGCUAUUACUUUGGUACCUCCUCCAUCACUGGGGACCUGUCUGAUAAUCAUGAUGUCAUUUCCCUGAAGUUGUUUGAGCUGACGGUGGAGAGGACCCCAGAAGAGGAGAAGCUACAUCGAGAUGUGUUCCUGCCCUCAGUGGACAAUAUGAAGCUUCCUGAAAUGACAGCCCCACUGCCACCCCUCAGUGGUUUGGCCCUCUUCCUUAUUGUCUUUUUCUCUCUGGUGUUUUCUGUGUUUGCCAUCGUCAUCGGUAUCAUCCUCUACAACAAGUGGCAGGAACAGAGCAGAAAGCGCUUCUACUGAGCCCUACAGCCGCCACUCCCUCUGUGAUCACCCGUGAGAUGUGGGAAGAGAAGGCACUGGUCUGAGCACACAGCCUGGCAAGUGUGCUCAGGUCUCCAGCCAUUGAUCAGGGACUGUAUUCUGUCACUGGAGUUUUGAAUGCAGGGACCCUGCAUUCCUAUGGUCAUCCACUGGGGCAUCCAGCUGGUCCAGGGCACCACUCAUCUAGGGCCACACUGCUGUGAUGUGCCUUUUCCUGCAGUCCUACCCGGGAGUGGAGAGGCAUGGAGAGAGUAUAUGUACUGUGAUGCCACAGUCACCAAAUUGGACAGCCUAGGCAUGAACUGGACUCAGCAGGCCUUUCUACUUCAUUUAAAUCCACAGGUAGAAAACCAGAACUCAGGGCCGGGUGUGGUGGCGCAUGCCUUUAAUCUCAGCAUUUGGGAGGCAGAGGUAGGAGGAUUGCCAUGAGUUCGAGGCCACUCUGAGACUACAUAGUGAAGUCCAGGUCAGUCUAGAGUGAGACCCUACCUCAAAAAACCAAAAACAGAAAAAAGGAAAAAAAAAUGGAAUUCAAACCUUUGGGACAGCCAUUUAUUGGUUUUGCUUGUUGCCCAAGCCUCUACUUGAGGAGCUUUUCUUGGAAAUCUAGAUGAAACCUUUCCCUGCCCCACCUUCCUCUCUGCCUCACUCCAUUCAUUGUUCACCAUGUGCAGCCAGAGCUGAAAGAGGCAUUGGAAUGUCUGUGGGCUUGGGGCUGAGGGUAGACUUAGGUUUCACUGACCCUUAUUAGGUGGCCUAGCAAUUCCCUGCUUUAGCUCUUUGCUCUAACCUCUGGUCUGUGGUGGUGGAGAAGCAGGGAGCAGAGGAGGGUCUUUCCUAAUCAGAUCCCUUCAAGUUUGGCUAAAGAUCAAUGUGGAAGUCAAAAGCUUGUAAGACUUCUUGGAUGCUGUAAAAUUAACUGUGAAACUGACCAGGUCCGGGUUUGGCAGAAGGCAACGUUAGUCAUUUGGUGUGACCAUGUGGAGAUGUUUCUGACUACUGGAGCUUCCUUACCACGUGUUUUAUGGUAACAUGAUUUUGGGGAUCGUGCUUUGGGUGUUGGAAGUAUGGGGAAGCUUUCUUGGUUACCUUGGCUUGGCUACUCCCUCAAGAGGAAAGUGAGCAGCUUUAUCAUAAUAAGAAGACAUAAUUGCUUAUCUCAUGUUGCAAGGUGGAGAGCAAAAGGUCUUCAUCCUCUGUGCCUGGACGAGUUCGUGGUCAUUGAGCAGCACAGCCUGAGUGCUGUCCUAUGUGUGUGUCAUCCUUAUUCCACUGCCUUAUUUGACAAGUGUCACAUGCUGCUCAUCUAUUUGUCCCUGUGAUUAAAUUGGUUACAGGACAUUGUCUCCCUAGAGGGCCUGAAACAGCUCUCUUGUGGGCCUAUGUAACCUAAAGAAAAUUCUUAAAGUGGCUUAUGAAACCAA